AUGGAUUCUGCUGGUGCUAAAUCGAAUUUGUCCCAGGACAUGCAAGAGAUAACUCAGGGCAAGGAAGACAUUUCCAAACAAGUACAAGGACACAAAGCCAACCUGUCGAAUCCGAAUACUAGUCAGAGCUCGAAGGAGCACAGCCGUCAGAUAAUCGAUGAACUCGGUGGCGAUAGCGCACAUAUGGGUGGCGAGGACCAGCCGCGUUCAAGGGCUGCGGCUGAAUCUCUAGAAAAGUAG